AUGUCCGGUCCCUAUUCCACCGACUUCUCUUUUCUCGACGGCCACCGGGCCCCGUAUAUCUUUGAGGACAAUUUCAACCAAAGCGUAUUCCCCUCCUUCUACCAGUACGAACAGACACCAAGCGCAUCCCAACCCCUAUACCAGCCCCAGAAUCACGAAGCUCACCCCCAGGCCCAGCCGCCUCUGGCCCACGACGGUCUCCCUCCCACCAAGCGUCUCCGAUCCAGCACCUGCAGGCAACGCCACACCGCCUCCUGGACCCGAUUCCCGACGGCUUCCCGCUCGACGACCCCAGACUGUGAGCCGCCCUACCACGCGCGCAUCUUCAGUCCCGAAUCCCUCCCGGGCGGCUUCUCCGACGUCCUCUCCUUGUCCCUCUCGAUCCCUGACCCCGUCGGCCCCGAGGAGCGCCUCCGUCGCCAGCACGAGAUCAGGCACAUCUUCGCGGAGACUAAGUCGACGACACUCCCGCCCCCCUCGCCGUUCGCCAAGCGUCCGAGCCCGUCCGCCGCGCCCGACUCCCCCACGGACGUCUACCGCAUCCGGGCCCCGCCGGCACGCAUCAGCAUCCUCCCGAUGCAGCCCAAGCGGUCCCUGGGCGUCUUCGUCCCCGUCGCCGACGCGACCGCGGGCGCCGAGCGCGAGGCGGCGGUCUCGCACAACAACAACCUCGCGGCCGCGCGCCUCGCCGACCUGAAGCGGCGCAACAACGCCGCGGCGCUGCGAGCCGCAGCCGCAAGGAGCGCGGCCGUCGCGUGUUAA